GGUAAAAAAAAAAAACGACGACACAACAGUCCGCCAUUAUUCACUGAUCCGUUAAUCACCUGCACUGGUGCGGUGACUCUGACUGUGCACAAGAACAGUAGUCUCAGUGUUGGAGCGGCCAUUUCGGCGGAAAGAAGGAGUUUGUUUGGCUGUGCCGAAAUGGAGUCGGUUGUUUGGGUCUUCACGGUUGUACUAGCGUUGCAGUGUGGCGGUGUCGUUGGUGGUAACGACGUUACUGACAUGGACGGUGGAAUGAACUACCUACACCGCUAUGGGUACGUCGGGAUGGUGCGCGCGGACAACAAUAUGACACGCAUGGACUCUGACCAGACCAGGAGGGCCAUUAUGAUGUUUCAGAGGUUCGCAAAUCUCAAUAUGACAGGUGUGAUGGACGAUGCGACAAUGGAGAAGAUGUCUGAGCCUCGCUGCGGCGUUCCUGACAUGAACGGCACCAACUCUCUGUUACGUCGCCGCCGCCGGUACGCGCUGUUAGGCAGCAGGUGGCUUAUAAAGGACAUCACCUACCGCAUCACCGGGUACACUCAGAAACUAGCCAGGAGCAUCGUCGAUAACGACAUCAGGGAAGGUUUUAAGGUGUGGUCGGACAAUUCCAACCUGAAGUUCAGGCAGGUCGAAUCGUCAGAUGAAGCAGCCCACAUCACGAUGUUCUUCGCGCCCGAUGACCACGGUGACCGGAGCCCGUUUGAUGGGCCCGCCGGUGUUCUCGCUCACGCUCUGCCGCCCGCGGGAAGGGGAGAGACGCACUUCGACGACGAUGAAACCUGGACUACUGGGACCUUUUCAGGAAUCAACCUUCUCCAAGUGGCGGCUCAUGAGUUCGGGCACGCCCUUGGUUUGGGCCACUCUGACGUGGAGGAAGCCCUCAUGGCGCCCUUCUACAGGGGGUACAAAGAGAACUUCCAGCUUCACUCGGACGACAUCCAAGGGAUACAGAUUCUGUACGGAAGGCCUGAAGUCGAGCGUCCAGUCGUUGACCCCGGUGCCGUCGUGCCCCAGGCCCCAGUGACGACACCGCCGCCUCGUGUAACCGUACGGGCAGCUUCCAAACCACCUACACCCAGCAGCGCCACCCAGCGAACCGGCGCCGCCACUGCAGCACCGGGCUCGGGCGCCGGACCAGUCCCGGAUAGAUGUGCCGGUUAUGUAGACGCCAUCACGCAAGCGGGUGGCAAAACUUACGCCUUCAGAGGUGGAUAUUUCUGGGAGUUGACUCGCACAGGAGUGGCCGGAGGUUACCCCAGGAAGAUUUCCGAGAACUGGUCCGGGUUGCCUAAUAACCUUGACGGGGCGCUGUACACUCGGGAAGACAGGAAAACCUACUUCUUCAAGGGGGGAUCUUAUUGGCGGUUCUCCGGCCGUCAGCCAGACAAUGGGUACCCAAAGCCAAUCAGGGAAGGGUUUAAAGGCGUCCCAGAUAACAUCGAUGCAGCCUUUCAGUGGUCAGGCAACGGAAAAAUCUACUUCACAAAAGGUGACAAGUACUACCGUUAUGAUUUUGAAACCGGAGUGAACACCGCCAUGUACCCACAAAGCCUUUCGCGAUGGACUGGGUUGCCUACCGCCAAAGUGGACGCCGCAUUCCAAUGGAUCAAUGGGAAGACGUACUUUUUUAAGGCGCAUAAGACCUGGCUGUUUGAUGAUCUCACCAUGGAAGUGAAUGCAUUUUACCCACAAUUCACCUCAACUGCCUGGUUCGGCUGCCGGCGGGGAGGAGGCGGAGGCCCCCCGAAUCGUUCUGAUUGGAUAAGAGGACAGCCAAUCAUCGUUGUCGUAUCUCUGGUCAUUUUGCAGAUGUCUGUAAUGUUGUCGGCUUGAUAUACAUCCUAUUACAUCGAUUUCUGUCAAAAGUUGAGCCAAAGAUUUAAGUUGCUAAGUGCUAAGAAAAAUUUCAAAGUUAGUAGUAUAUCGGCUAUUAUAAAAAUAUCGGUGAGCAAUAUAUUUAACAGGAAAAGAAACCAACAUCAACUUGGAAGAUGUUUUGUAUCUUUAGAUUGUCUCGUUUUGUUCAUGUCUUGUAUUAGACUUAGAACUUUCGUAUUUAGACGUAACACUACUUUUUUGUUCGAAAUGCCAUAUUGUUUUUGUCACGUCAUGUUAAGGUCUGGUGUUGUAUUAUAAGAAAUAUAUUGUAAGAAAUAUAAAGUAUUUUUUGUAUAUAGUCACCUGCGAUGGCACCUACGGAUUGCUGGUAUUUCGAUGAAGCUUAACAAGGAAGAAUAACUAUAUAUAAUAGCUUUAUUUGAAUGUAAUCUAUAUCUUCCUGGUGAUCUUCAAGUGCUUUGGUCAGCGGUUGAUAUGUUGAAGUGGAAUUUCAUUAGUUAGUUUUAUUGAAUAAAAUUUUGGAAGACAAAAUACUUGGCUACUUGGUGUUAACAUGCCGACC